GCCAUUUUAAUUCGAUUCCUCUUGGCUGUUGAAGUCUGUGGACCAACCGGGGCAAGCUAACCCAGGGAGAUCGAGUCGAGGAUAAAACGGACACAUCUUUUGAGGCUUAUGUAGUUCAUCUGUUGACUUAUGCCAUGAAUUGUGAAGAGGAGGUUGCUCAAAAGGCAGUUCACUCCUGGUCCAGAAUCACCUCAGCUGGGCAGACUGCUCUUGCAGAGGCUCUGAGGGUUUUCAGCCCUAUGUCAAAGGACCUUUCUGAUACUGAGAUGCAGCUUGUGUCCUUUCUUCAGGGGCUCAAAGAUGAAGGUCACAAGCCUACUGUGCUAAAGAGCAAAGAUGUCUAUGGGUACAAGUCUUGUAUGACAGAACCCCUGUCAGCUGAGAAGAUGACAAAAACACUGGACCUUACCAACAAAGUUGCAAAGGUGCAGAGAUCUACCAAGAGACGAGGAAGAAAACCACUAGUCAAGAAAAAGGAGGUCAACUACACACUGCUGAGUGAGGCAGCAAAGACAAUUGUAAAGAAUCAGCCUAAGAUAAUGUUGACUAAUCUGUCUCAGGAGUCUGUCAAGAGGACAGUCCUCUCCAAGCCUCCCAUUUUGACUGUUAGACCUGUCCAGAUGCAGCCAUGUCUGAAACUGACCAAUGUAACGGGCCCUUCAGGGGGCCAUACAGCAAGGCUGCAGAUACACUCAGAUCAGGGGUCUCGGGGAGUAGCCGUAGCCAAUUCUCACCGCGAAGCGACACUGUCGGGCAUACCAGUUCAGCCUUUGGAGACUGCUGGUAAAACGCCCAAAGCUGUUGUGUCGGACAGCUUGCACCUAACAUCCUGUCCAGUCAAGGUGGGCGUUGCACUCAUCGGGGACUCCGCUCCAGUCGUGUGUCAGAAUGGCAGGCUAUUGAAAGAGAGCAGAAACUACAAAAUGGUUCCUGUACGGAUAAGCAAACCUAGCAUUGCAAAUGACAAGCCAGGCUGGAGGGACAACGGAACGCUCACUGUGCUGAACUGUGAGCAAGACUUGGAUGCGUCCAGGUCAGUCUGGGCCAUGAAAGGUCGAGAAGACUCUAGGCUGAAUGAAAAUAACCUGAGGCUAAAGGUCAUCAAGGUGGAUGAUUCCAUCACAGAUGAAGAAGUGAGGAGGAAAGCUCAGAAGAUCUUGCAAGUUAAUUUAUCGCCUGUGAUACAGAUUCAGCCACUCAUAGCUCAUCCUGUAUAAACGCUAGAUGUUUUUCAGAGGAGGCUCCAUAUGAUAUCUACAGUGACAUUGAUAAAGGAAGGCAUCGCAGGCCCUGAAUUUACCAUCGUGGAAAUUUUUUGGAUGCAGUUAUGGUAGGAUUAUCAUUUUGGGUUAAGAAGUGUAACCCGAGAAUAAACAAUUAAAGACAGGCAUUUUCGCAGGACGGUGCAUAUAGGAAGUGUUCCACUUUCCAUUUUAUCAUUUAUUUAAUAUGGUGCAAAUUUGAAUUUGCACAAUUUUGUAAGGUUAGUUGUCCUGUUUAAUGCCAUUUUCAUGUAUGAUGAGGGAUAGGAAAUCCAGUUAUAGCAAAGCCAUGUCAUAUUACUAUGCAGUAUCCAUGUAAAUUUUUUUUUUCUUAUUAAAAAGAUUUAUAUUUGUUUUUCUACUUAGUUGAAUUUCUAACCAAAAUUGCUGAUGUACAUUUAAUAUUGGGCGCCAUUUCCUUCAGUUGGAGAGGGGGAGGGCAUGGACUGUAUAUUUGAGUCUCCUUGUUUGCAGUUAGAAAAUUCUCUGGUCUUAGAUUCUGGCACUUUUAUUGAAAAUGGACUGUUUUAAUAAAUUAAAAUGAUUUCAAAGUGGUGUGUCACAAUUACAAUUUUGCUUCAUAUACAUAAACACAAAUUGUUUUCUGACAGAUCGUUACCGGAUGAGAAUGAGAUGUCUUGGGUGUCUUUUUGAAGAAAGAGUCUUUUUGGCGCUUGAGAGAACCUGGUGCUUGAAUUUGUUUUCACCCCUUUUGACAUUACAUUGUAUGAAAUUACAGAAUGAAUGUUGCCAAUGUAAAUUGCUUGCAUUGUCUUAACUGCCUUUAAGGUUUAUUUUGGCUAGAUGCUCAGAGAAUUGCAUUCAUUUACUUGAGUAGAGAGAAGCUGCUGGGUGCAAAGGGGGUGUAUUUAAGACUUGGAUUUAAUUAGAACCCCCUGUCUUUCUUGUUAUUCUAAGGUGUAUUUUUUAGUUAGACUAUUUUUGGAAAUGCAGUAUUUAGCUUUGCAAUUCUUGUACUUGAUAACACAGCAGACUCGGCGCUAGGAGAAAAUACAGAGGGGUGCAAUUGCAAUCCAUGUGGGUGCACAAAAAGACAUACUUUGUAGACAUCAGUAUAUAAGGAGACAAUUAGGGAUGCACUGAGGUCCGUCUGGAGGUGCAGUGCGCCUGUAAGCACCCCCAUGGCGCUGGGCCUGUAACACAGUUCUUGCUGUGGGUAAU